CCGGGCCGCGACACCGCCGGCGCCGCGCGUUCCGUGUACACGCGUCCGUCCCGUUCGAAGGACACGCGAAGACGCGCGGAAGAGAGGGCGAGACACGCCUCGUCGUCGUCGUCGUCGUCGUCGUCGUCGUCGCGCGCGGAGAAGGGCAGCGCCGAGGCAGGGUUUUUCACCGCGGCGCGCGCGGUUCCGCCCGUCAUGGCGCCCGUCGAAGCGAAGACGCACGACCUGACGUCCGAGCUCGGGAAGUACCUCGACCGCCACCUCGUGUUCCCGCUCCUGGAGUUCCUCCAAGCGAAGCGCGUGUACCCGGAGAACGAGGUCUUGGAGGCGAAGAUCGCGCUGCUUAACAAGACGAACAUGCUCGACUUCGCCGCGGACAUCUACAAGUCGCUCCACAACAAGAGCGACGUCCCGGCGGCGAUGCAGCAGCGGAGGGAGGAGGUCAUCGCGAACCUCACGGAGCUGUCCGUGAAGGCGGAGAAGGUGGUGAACUUUCUGUCGGACCCGACGCUCGUGAAGCAGCUCCGAAGCGACAAGGCGUUCAACCUCGCCUUUCUUCAAGAAUCGCACGGCGUCGGCCCCGAGGAUAUCGACGCGCUGUUCCACUACGCCAAGUUCCAGUUCGAGUGCGGGAACUAUCAGGCCGCGGGGGAGUUCCUCUCGCACUACCGCGGCCUGUGCACGAACAGCGAGCGCGGCGCGAGCGCGUUGUGGGGCAAGUUUGCCUCGGACAUUCUCCUGCAGCAGUGGGACGCCGCCGUGGAGGACCUGACGCGGCUCAAGGACGCGGUGGAGAACCGCGCGUACUCCAGCCCGCUCGCGCACGUGCACGCGCGGACGUGGCUCGUUCACUGGGCGCUGUUCGUGUUCUUCAACCACGAGAACGGGCGGAACGCGAUCAUCGACUUGUUCUUUCAAGAGCGAUACAUGCAGGCGAUUCAAGCCGAGGCGCCGCAUCUCUUGCGGUACCUCGCGGCGGCGAUCAUCACGAACAAGCGCCGCCGCAGCAUGCUGAAGGACCUCGUCAGGAUCCUGCAGUGCGAGACGUACUCGGACCCGAUCACGGAGUUUUUGCUGAAGCUGUUCGUGGAGUACGAUUUCGACGGCGCGCAGACGAAGCUCGCGGAGUGCGACGUCGUGCUCGAGAAUGAUUUCUUCCUCGUCGGCUGCAAGGACGAGUUCAACGAGAACGCGCGUCUCUUCAUCUUCGAGACGUACUGCAGGAUUCACCAGCGCAUCGACAUCAAGAUGCUCGCGGAUAAACUGUCCAUGGACCACGACAGCGCGGAGCGGUGGAUCGUGAACUUGAUCCGGAGCACGAAGCUCAACGCGAAGAUCGACUCGGAGAAGGGGACGGUGCAGAUGUACGACCAGGCGCAGAGCGUUCACGACAUGAUCGUCGAGAAGACGAAGGCGCUCACGUCGAAGACGUACUCGCUGUCGCACGCGGUGUUGUCGAACACCCAGGCGCAGGCUGGGUCGGUCGUGUGAACGUCGGUGAGUGGUGGGGGUUGCGUACUGUAGAGCUUUAGUCGUUCCAAAAUGCUGAAAAGAACAAAGACGCGACGCGUCUGGUCUUGAAU